AUGGUCUCGAGCUACUCGAGGAGAGAACUCUCAAAGACUACCCGCCUCAUGGAGAACGUUCCGGAAGUCUUGCGGCGUGACAGAGUUAUUUCUGGCCCAUCAUUGCUUGACGAUUGUGGUGGGCAAGCAUACACAGUUGUACUCAAUGAUGAUGAUGAAAGGAAGGAGAAGGAGAAGUGGAAGGAGAGCGAGCUGACAGAUAAAGAAGAAUACAGGACAUGUGCCCCUUUUGCUCCACCACGACUCGGGCCCGUGUCUGGUCGAAGCCCUUUCCUCCUGUUCAACAUCCAGUAUGACACUACGAUAAUGGUGGAGAUCAGAAAUGCUCAAAGUAUUCGAUCCAUGAACCUGAGCUUGGGUCUAGGUUUGAGUGUUCAUAUUACAUUGACCUAA